GGCGGGUAGUGCGCCAUUCGACGACGUGGAUAAUGGCAAUGUGCAUGAUGAGGCCACGGCACUUACAAAAAUGAAACAAACUGGAGAAUGCACGCCGCUGGCGACCCCUGCGUCGUCAAACUUGCACUCGAUGCAAGUGCCGCUUGUGUACGUCCAGCCUGAGGCCAUUCGAGGCGAGUACAUGUCGGAUCGCAACAUGGGAAUCCCGCAACCGGGCGACGGACCGCAAUUCUGGAAAGCUGGUGUAUUUGAGUGCCUCCAAAAUAUUUUCCCCAAUGCUCUCAUGGCAUGGGCUUGCCCAUGUGUGUCGCUGGCUCAAAUCACGUCUCGCCUCGGAGUCUAUGGUGGCUACAAAUCCGUCCUCGUCGGCGUCGCUACCAUAAUUGUGCUCGAGAACCUCUUCAACGGCAUUGACGACUGGCGCAUGCACAGGGAGAACCAGCAGACGUUCGACGACGACGUCCACGAAAGCCAAACCAGGCGUAUGGGAGGCUAUGGGAUUGUGUCCCUGCUGCUGUGCAUGGCGCUCGUGUGCUUCGUGACGGCGCUUCGUACUAAAGUGCGAACUCUCUACCGAAUCCAAGGCAGCGAGUGGGAAGAUUUUGCCUGUUCGUUGUGCUGUAUGAGCUGCACGAUUGCCCAAAUGUCAACCCAAGUCGGUACGUACACCCCCGGUGAGUGUGCGUUCGGCCCUCGCGAUUCAUUGCCGCGCUACACCGAACACGUCUAAGUAGCAUAGCAUACCCAACCCGA